CCUAAGCCAUUCAACAAGGUAACUGCAAGUUGCUACUGAAAGUGAACCAAUUACUUUACCAUUAACUAACCCAUUACAUACUUCUCUAAUAUUAAACUUGGUCUCUUCCUUUUCAAGACUCAUUAGGACUUAUCAAUAUACAGGCUUUACAAGAUGAAUCCCCGCCAGGCCUAUGCCCCAACGCCCCAUAGCUAUGUCCCUAAUACCGCCCUAUCAGCUACGAUAAAUCUAGAUGAGGAGGUGAAGCUAGCAGACACCCGCGCUGAGAGGGACCUACAAGAUUCUCUUGCUGAGAUCUUUUCUAUCAUCGUCACCUUAGAUGAACUGGAGAGAGCAUUUCUUAAAGAUGCCAUUCCCGAAACCGACUAUACUGAGAUUUGCGAACGAUCACUGAAACAGUAUAAGUCUAUUCUAGCAGACGAAACUGUGGCUAAAGCUUUUGUGGGCCUGGAAGAGUUCAAGGCCGAGUGGGAUCUCGAAGUUCCUAGGGCGACAGAGCGGCUUAGAGUAGGCAUGCCAUCAACUGCUGUCACUGCAUCAACAGGGGCCGCUCAAGCAUCAGCUUCGGCAAACAACAAGUCCGGUGCUCUCAUCCUUGAAGCGACGCAGGACUUCAUCACUUUCCUAGAUGCCUUGCGCCUCGGACUUUUAGCAAAGGAUCAACUACACCCUCUCCUGACUGACGUUAUUCAGAGCGUCAACAAAGUCACUGACCGGGAUUUUGAAAAUCGCGGCAAAAUUGUACAGUGGCUGAUCACAUUAAACCAGAUGAAGGCGACUGAGGAGUUGAGCGAACAGCAGGCCAGGGAGCUUGAGUUGGACAUUAACUCGGCGUACUUGGGUUUCAAGAACACGUUAAACUAAUACGCCCCAAAAAGAUAUCAAAGUCAUAUAUCGAGUUAUCUAUCAAUGAUAUAGGCAUUGAGAAAACGCUUAUUUUUUUUAAAAAAAUGACUGAUGACUGAUGACCACAGAAGGGCGUUGAGGAAGAGAGUGGGUCUUAGAUUCCGCCAUUUACUGGCCAAUUGGCCUAAAUGGACCCACCAUUAGGGCGCGAGUCUGUCAUGCCCAAAAAACAUCUCACAGAGUAUUUGAGACGAGGUUCGUGAGGAGUAAU